GACUCUGCGCCUUCGGUGUGGUGGAGCUAUAGGUUAACUGUGGUUUGAAGACGCUGUUUAUUAUGCCUGGUGCCAGGAUUGUUGGGGAGAUACCAUCACAUAGUAGCCGACAAGAUUCUCUUUAGUCACUGUAUGGAUGACAUUUACCUGUCAAAAACAGUAUUCCUAUCCUGGAUGCUUUUGUGCAUAUUUUGGAUCUCUUGAUAUCAAUUUCAAGACAUCGCUUGGACUUUGCUAUUGUGUAACAAUGUCUGUCCGUUUUCACCAUGUCGAGUCCACUGUUCUAAUUUCCAAUUAAAACAUUUAGCGGCAACACGUUUGGACUUCAGAGUGAGACCGCUGACGAGCGUUUCGUUGGACGUUCUGCAACAAUUUGUUGCAACAUUCAGGGCAAAGUGAUGGUGUCAUUAUCACUUUGGUUUGCCAUGGCAACAUAAUCAUUUUAAAAAAAGAAAUUCAGCCGAGUCUUCUUUUGGGAGAUAUUCCUCGUGGUAUACAAUUAUGUUCACUUUCGCUGCCUUCUGCUAUAUGCUGUCGCUGGUCCUCUGUGCUUCUCUGAUCUUCUUUGCGAUAUGGCAUAUAACAGCCUUUGAUGAGCUGCAGGCAGACUUUAAGGUCCCCAUCGAUCAGGGCAAUCCACUCCAUGCGAGAGAGCGACUCCGGAACAUUGAGAGGAUCUGCUGCCUGCUGAGAAAGUUGGUGCUUCCAGAGUAUUCUAUCCAUGGGCUGUUCUGUAUCAUGUUCCUGUGUGCCCAGGAGUGGCUGACAGUAGGCCUCAACAUCCCCCUCCUCUUCUACAACACAUGGAGUAGGUACUUCCACAGCCCCACAGACACUAAGGAGCUCCUCUACGACCCAGCCUCGGUCAUGAACGGAGACACGCUCAAGUUCUGCCAAAAAGAGGCCUGGUGCAAGAUGUCCUUCUUCGUCCUCUCCUUCUUCUACUAUCUCUACUGUAUGGUCUACUCCUUGGUAACCUCAUAACAGCAGAACUCUCUGUAUUUGAGCCACCCUCCGGAUAUCAGAGACUGAUUUCUGGAAUAUGAGUUAGCUAACGCAAACAACAACUUUGGAGCAAAAAAGAGCACUUUGUGUCACAGCUUUUCUGUUUCAUGAGAAGAAGGACCGUUGUUGAGUCUGGGCUGUGCUGGUCUGGAGGAAAAGGACGGGUUUCAGCACCAGUCCCCAUCGUCUCCUCAUGUAACCAGACCUUACUGUUUACAGUACUCUGUAGGUCAACAGCCCAUGAUGAGUCACAGCGACCACCAUAUCUACUUUUGUCUGUCACUGCCUGGCCAAUGUUUGUACUCACAGCCUGUCCUGGAGAAGUACAGUAGCAUCACCACUACCAUAGUAGGACACAGUAGUGUUUUAAUUCUUUUUUAGGGGGUGGAUCAGCUUUAAUAUUGCAGAUAGAUUGUGGCUUCAAUCAAUGUAAUUGUCUGCGUCAUUUCCAAUCCCUCAUAUAUUUAGGGGGGUUAAUAUGUAUUUUUGGGGGGGUUAAUAUUUAUACAGUUCCAGUCAAAAGUUGGGACACACCUACUCAUUCAAGGGUUUUUCUUUAUUUUUACAAUGUUCCACAUUGUACAAUAAUAGUGAAGACAUCAAAACUAUGAAAUAACACAUAUGGAAUCAUGUACUAACCAAAAAAGUGUUCAUCAAAGUAGCUACCCUUUGCCUUGAUGACAGAUUUGCACACUCUUGAUAUUUUCUCAACCAGCUUUAUGAGGUAGUCACCUGAAAUGCAUUUAAAUUAACAGUUGUGCCUUGUUAAAAAUAAUUUGUGGAAUUUCUUUCCUUCUUAAUGCAUUUGAGACAAUCAAUUGUGUUGUGACAAGGUAGGGGUGGUAUACAGAAGAUAGCCCUAUUUGGUAAAAGACCAAGUCCAUAUUAUAGCAAGAACAGCUAAAAUAAGCAAAGUGAAACGACAGUCCAUCAUUACUAAGGUCAGUCAAUAUGGAACAUUUCAAGAACUUUGAAAGUUUCUUCAAGUGCAGUCGCAAAAACCAUCAAGAGCUAUGAUGAAACUGGUUCUCAUGAAGACCACAACAGGAAAGUUAGACCCAGAGUUACCUCUGCUGCAGAGGAUAAGUUCAUUAGAGUUACCAGCCUCAGAUUGCAGCCCAAAUAAAUACUUCACAGAGUUCAAGUAACAGACACAUCUCAACAUCAACUGUUCAGAGGAGACUGCGUGAAUUAGGCCUUCAUGGUUGAAUUGCUGCAAAGAAACCACUACUAAAGGACACCAAUAAGAAAAGAGACUUACUUGGGCCAAGAAACAUGAGCAAUGGACAUUAAACCGGUGGAAAUCUGUCCUUUGGUCUGAUGAGACCAAAUCUGAGAUUUUUGGUUCCAACCGCCGUGUCUUUGAGAGACGAAAAGUAGGUGAACGGAUGAUCUCUGCGUGUGUGGUUCCCACCGUGAAGCAUGGUGGAGGAGGUGUGAUGGUGUAUGGGUGCUUUGCUGGUGACACCUAGUAUCAGGUAAACAAAUAAACAUGAGUUGUUUAGAAUUCAAGGCACACUUAACCAGCAUGGCUACAAUAGCAUUCUGCAGCGAUACACCACCCCAUCUGGUUUGCUCUUAGUGGGACUAUUAUUUGCUUUUCAACAGGACAAUGACCCAACACACCUUCAGGCUGUGUAAGGGCUAUUUGACCAAGAAGAAGAGUGAUGGAGUGCUGCAUCAGAUGACCUGGGUUCCACAAUCACCCAACCUCAACCCAAUUGAGAUGGUUUCGGAUUAUUUGGACCACAGAGUGAAGAAAAAGCAGCCAACAGGUGCUCAGCAUAUGUGGGAACUUCUUCAAGAAAGCAUUCCAGGUGAAGCUGGUUGAGAGAAUGCCAAGAGUGUGCAAAGCUGUCAUCAAGGCAAAGGGUGGCAACUUUGAAGAAUCUAAAAUAGAAAAUAUAUUUUGAUUUGUUUAAAACUUUUAUGGUUACUACAUGAUUCCAUGUGUGUUAUUUCAUAGUUUUAAUGUCUUCAUUAUUAUUCUACAAUGUAGGAAAUAGUAAAAAUAUUCAUUAGAUAGUACCGGCAAAACACCAGUCUUAACGUCAACAGUGAGGAGGCGACUCCGAGAUGCUGGCCUUCUAGGCAGAGUUGCAAAGAAAAAGCCAUAUCUCUGUCCAGUGUCUGUGUUCCUUUGCCCAUUGUAAUCUUUUAUUUUUAUUGGCCAGUCUGAGAUAUGGCUUUGUCUUUGCAGCAACACUGUUGAUGUUGAGACUGAUGUUUUGCGGGUACUAUUUAACGAAGCUGCGAGUUGAGGACUUGUGAGGUGUCUGUUUCUCAAACUAGACACUCUAAUGUACUAGUCCUCUUGCUCAGUUGUGCACCGGGGCCUCCCACUCCUCUUUCUAUUCUGGUUAGAGCCAGUUUGCACAGGUCUGUAAAGGGAGUAGUACACAGCAUUGUACAAGAUCUUCAGUUUCUUGGCAAUUUCUCGCAUGGAAUAGCCUUAAUUUCUCAGAACAAGAAUAGACUGACGAGUUUCAGAAGAAAGUUCUUUGUUUCUGGCCAUUUUGAGCCUGUAAUCGAACCCACAAAUGCUGAUGCUCCAGAUACUCAACUAGUCUAAAGAAGGCCAGUUUUAUUGCUUCUUUAAUCAGGAUAACAGUUUUCAGCUGUGCUAACAUAAUUGCAAAAGUGUUUUCUAAUGAUCAAUUACCCUUUUAAAAUGAUAAACUUGGAUUAGCUAACACAAUGUGCCAUUGGAACACAGGAGUGAUGGUUGCUGAUAAUGGGCCUCUGUACACCUAUGUAGAUAUUCCAUAAAAAAUAAACAAUGUCUACACUGUAUUUCUGAUCAAUUUGAUGUUAUUUUAAUGUUCAAAAAAUUUGCUUUUCUUUCAAAAACAAAGACAUUUCUAAGUGACCCCAAACUUUUGAACGGUAAUGCAUAUAUUGUUUUAUUUAUGUUCCUUUAUUAUUUCCCCGUAACCCUACUACCCCUCCCCUAAUUGGAGUAAACUAAUGGACAACAACACUUCUAUUUCCAGCUUAUACAUACUAUAUACAUUUUACAGAAACAGUAUAUUUUACAAGAGUUAUAUUUUGUUUGUUUUAAGUCCCAUCCUUCAGCAACCUCAACCCCUCCCAUCUAUCUCUGAAGACCAUCCAGUUUUGAUUUCUAUUUGCCAUAGAUUUUCAACUGUGCUGUGAUGUUUCACAAUUGUCCUGAACCUAUACAAUCUUUUACAGACACUGUAUAUUUUAUAUUAUUUUGCACAGUUUGCCUCCGACACAGCACAGUUGUACACAGCACAGUCGUGGUUGUCAGUGGGACAAACAGGUCUUCUUCUUCACCCAUCUGCCCUUAGAGUCUCACUGACAGUAGCUAUUUCUUUACUGGUGGGAAGGGGAGAUGACACAUCCUGUACAGAGACAAGGUGAACAUUCUGUACAGGGACAGGGAAACCAGGUCAGCCAAUGUUGCAUUUUUGCCUGCCGCAUUACACUACAUGGCCUGUGUGUUGAUAUACAACAUUACAUUACUAUGUGAAUGGCUUUUGUGAUGUGUGUGUGUGUAUUUUGUGUAUUCUUAAAAAAAGCAAUUCAGAAUGAAAUAUGGUUGACAACGCAUUAUAUACAAAUGGAAUAUUGUGGGAUUCUCUGUAGUUAUAGUGAAGCUAUUUGGUGGAGGGAUUAAAUCUUUUGGGGGGAGAACUAGAAAAGCAAUUCUUUGUAUUUUAUUUUUUGUACAAUAUUUAGAAUGUUUCGUUAUGUUUAAAUACUCUGUGGUCUACCCAAAUGGGUCAAGGUCUUCCGGUAUAUAAAGAUUUAAUAAACCCUAUUUUAAAUGGGGAAAAAAUAUGACUCUUUUUGCCACUAUUUCCAUAAUGGACCAAAUGUUGGACGUAUUUACUUCAUUUAUUCAUGGUAAUUUAAAUGUAAUUGUUAACUGCUUCCCUUCAUACUUUAUCCAAAAAACAUUUCAUCAUAAAUAUAAGUGAAUUGCAUAUCUGCCUCCACUGCAAGAUGUCUAGUAUAUAGGUUCUAACUGUGGUUCCACUGCCAUUACCAGAAGCUACCAGAUGCUGGCAAUAACUAAACACUGUCUGAAAACAACUAUGGACUUCAGAGCUUUUGGCAAUGCUUUUUCAUGGUAUUGUCUGUCAGAUAAUUCAUGAUACCCACGCUGUCAGUUAGCUGCAUCGUUCGUAUGUAUCUUUGCUCAGAAGUAUUUCAUCAACCUUUACGCAAGGUUUAGAAAGGAAUGCCCAUCUUGUUAUAUUAUGUAAGAGCACAGUCUUAACUCUGUAUGCGUCCAUCGAGGAUUCAUUUAGAUAAUUGUUUAUGAAAUAAAGUAUGACUAUUUUAAAA